AGUGGCAAACUCGCAACCAGAAAUUGAACUUCGUUUAUAUACUCAGAUUGUCGGAAAGAAAAAUGUUGAUCGGACAAUUAUGGUCGCCAUGAGAGCGACGAGAAUGGAAAUUUGGGGUGCCCACAAGCAAAGUAUAGUCGCCAAUGCGAGUGGAUUUAAAUAAAUAUGUCGGGAAGAGGACGAGCGCGAGCUCGAGGAAGGGCCCGAGGUGCAUCAGAAGACCAGGCUAGACGUCCAGGAGAACAGACCGCACCACCACGGGAGCAACCACCUUCGUCAGCUCCUGCACCUGCUCCGGCUGGUGGACCCCCAGCAGCCAGUGGUAGAGCCUCUUACAGGGGUGGUGCCAAGGAACCACGGCCGGGGAUUGCCAGCGCGAGUGGAGAUGUACCGGUGGAUGCUAUGUCUAAGUUGACUGUAGGGACACGAGAUGUAGGGGAGAAACGUGAUCGCAUGUACUACUCAGAUCCUGAGACAAAGCCAGCAUGGUUAAGUGACAAGAAAGGAACCUCGGGAACCCAACUACCAGUUGUUACAAACUAUUUUAAGCUGGAGAUGGCACCUGACUGGCAUCUGUACCAAUAUCAUGUGGAGUUUAACCCCCCAAUCGAUUCCAGGAAGAUGAGAAUGGCCCUUCUCAUGCACCACGAAAACUUACUGGGAAAAACAAAGGCCUUUGAUGGAAUGAUUUUAUACCUCAGUCAUCGUCUGCAAGAACAGGUGACGGAAGUAUACAGUCAAAGAAAUUCUGACAGCGCACAGAUCCGGAUCACCAUCACACGCACGAAUGAGCUGCCUCCAUCUUCACCUCAGGUCAUGCAGGUGUACAACAUCAUCUUCAGGAGAGUGUUGGCCACCAUAGAUAUGAAACAAAUCGGCCGAAACUACUUCAAUCCCAGCUUGUCUGUAGACAUUCCGCAGCACAAACUUUCAGUCAUGCCUGGAUUUGUGACUGCCAUUGCAAAGCACGAGUACGACACGUUACUGUGUGCUGACAUCAGCCACAAGAUCACCCGUUCAGACACGCUACUGGACAUGAUGUACAACCUCUACAACCAGAAUAGAGGAGACAGUUUCUAUGAUGAUUGUGUGCGAAUGUUUGUAGGAUCCAUUGUCCUCACACGGUAUAACAACAAAACGUACCGUGUUGAUGAUUUUGACUGGGACAAGAGACCAGAUUUUUCCUUCAAGCUGAGAAACGAUGUCAGCAUUACUCUUGCUGAGUAUUACAAAAAGAACUACAAUAUCACAGUGACAGAUAUGAACCAACCUCUAUUGGUGUCCAGACCAAAGAAAAAGGACAUCAGAAUGGGUCGCACCGAGCCAAUCUACCUCCUACCAGAAUUGUGUACUCUGACAGGACUAACUGAUGAGGCCAGAGCUGAUUUUAAUGUAAUGAAGGAUGUUGGUGCUCAUACCAGGGUACCCCCAGAAGGAAGGAACAGAACAUUGCAGGGAUUUAUAGACCAAAUCAAUAAGAAUGAAAAAGUGCAAGCAGAAAUGGGAGGAUGGGGUCUCAAGUUCUCACGGACGCUGCUAAAUCUGAAUGCCCGCAUCGCUCCUCGAGAGAAAGUUAUGCAGAAAGGUGGUGUUGAGUUGAGUUACAGACAAGAAGAUGCUGACUGGGGAAGGGACAUGAGAGGGAAACAGCUGAUAACACCAGUUAACUUAGAGAACUGGGUGAUUUUGUUCAUUAGGAGGAACAGCGCACAGGCUCAGGACCUAGUGCAGACCCUCAGCAGGGUAGGACCACCCAUGGGAAUGAACAUCGCCACACCCACUGCAUGUGAGCUGCCUGAUGACAGAACAGAUAGCUUCUUGGGUGCGAUGAAAGACCACGUCACUCCUGAAACCCAACUAGCAGUGAUUGUCCUUCCUACUAACAGGAAGGACCGUUACGAUGCCAUCAAAAAGUUCUGUUGUGUGGACCACCCCGUACCCAGUCAGUGUGUAGUCCAGAGGACAUUAUCAAAGAAGCAGAUGUUGAUGUCAGUGGCCACAAAGAUCGCUAUUCAACUCAACUGUAAACUGGGUGGAGAGGUCUGGUGUUUAGAAGUUCCAUUAAAAAAUAUCAUGGUGGUAGGUAUAGACACUUACCAUGAUUCUGCCAAGAAAGGCCGCUCCGUGGGAGGGGUAGUCUGCUCUCUGAACAAAAAUCUCACCAGGUAUUACUCGCGUACAACGUUUCAGCACACAGGGGAGGAGCUCGUGAAAGGAUUACUCACAUCUCUCAGAGGGGCCUUGCAGAAAUACCACGAGGUCAAUGGUGUUCUGCCAGAGAGGAUCGUUGUCUUUCGUGACGGUGUGGGUGACGGUCAACUGAAGGCCGUGUUUGAGUACGAAAUGCCCCAGUUGCUCGAGUGCUUCAAGAGAAGUGGUGGACAGGACUACAAUCCUAGAGUUGCAGUGAUAGUAGUGAAGAAGAGGAUCAACACGAGAUUCUUUGUUAAGUCUGGUCCAUCUUUAACCAACCCACCACCAGGAACAAUUAUCGAUGAUGUGGUAACCAAACCGAUCUGGUUCGACUUUUUCCUGGUGUCUCAGUCAGUCAGACAAGGAACAGUAACUCCAACCCACUAUAAUGUGAUCUGGGAUACCACUGGACUAAAGCCUGAUCACCUUCAGCGAUUGGCUUACAAAAUGACCCAUCUGUACUACAACUGGCCGGGAACAAUUCGAGUCCCCGCACCCUGUCAGUAUGCACACAAGCUGGCUUUCCUGGUGGGACAGUCUAUUCAUAAGGAUCCCCACAUGUCGCUAUCCGACCGUCUGUACUUCCUGUAGACCCUGCCAAGAGGGAUGUGUGAGAACUUAGAGGGAUGAGUGCCGGUAUUGGCCAGUGGAGCCGUUUUGUUUGCAUGAACUGAAGAGUUGUAUAAAAUCAAAAGUAAAAUAGAAGUGAAAGACAGGACUGAGAAAUUCCGUAACGUCUCUACAUUACGUUUAGAAACAUGCUCAGGAAUAGUCGAAUAAUUCCAUUCUCUUGGAGGAAGAAACGGAGCAGUACUUCGACAUCUGAAGAGUUGCCACAUGUGUUCAUCUUUUUUUAAUCCUUAGAACUAGAUUUUAUAUGUAGUAGGAUUGUUUGUAUAUUGUUUUAGAUUGAGACUGAAUCUCUCAUUGUUAUUGAUCUAGUUAUAUGAUGUCAAUGGUGCUGAAUACUUGGAGAACACCAUGCUGGAUACUCUAUAUUAAAUGUAUGUAGAGUAUGAAAUCGGAAAGAUUCUGAUUGUAGAGAUGUUUCACUCUUGUUCAUUCCUAGGGGAGAGAGAGAGGAGGAGGAGGGGGGGGGGGAUAGCAUUUGUUGAAGAAGAAAAAAUUGGGUUAUAGAGAGGGGGGGGGGGGGGGGGGGGGGGGACUUGUUACUUUUUGAAGGGUAUUAUUGCAAUUGUAUUUCAUAAUCAGAUUGUGCAAUGUAAAAAAAAAAAAAAAAAGAAAAACCCUAGAUAUUUCUCGUUAAUAAAAUUUUAAAGACUA